AUAUAGCGUGCACAUUUUCUAGCUGCUCGGCGUCGCGGCGUUGUUGGGUCCAUUAUCCGCCAUCUUGGCAUUUCCGGCCGACUUGGGUCAGCGCCGGAUGGCCCUGUAAUACUAAUGCGCAGCGCAAUUACAACCAACUUUACCUCUCGUGCAGACGCAAACAUUGCUAUGCAUGGUUGAGCGCUGCUGCCACACUACAUCCGCAACCGCCGGUGGUUGCUGCCCCAUUGCAAGCUUCGGCUUCUUGCCUGCGAGUACCUACUGGACCUAUAUUCACAACUAUGUACCACAUUAGCUUAUGCACAAUUUGAACGCAAUUCUGCCUGCAGCCCCUACAAGUCGCGAGCUAAGGUCUGCUGCAGCCCUUACUUUCGCUGUCGUCUGGGAACUUCAAGGCUGGCGCCGAGUGCCGCCGUAGCGGCAUCUUGAAAAGCUGAUUUAUCAACCUCGAAGCCAUGGAGGAGACAGGGACCAGGGUCCUUGCAUGCUCACCGAAUUUGCCCGGCGCUAUGGACCGGCAGUCAUGGACGCUUCAGGACUACCGUAUAACAAACACAUUAUACAGUGGAUACGCGGCCCAAGUGUACACGGCUACAUGCAGAUAUUCUGGCAUGGAGGUGGUGCUCAAAGUGUACAACGACGUAAACAAGGCUCCCGACGUUGCGCAACAUGAAAUGUACCGGGAGGUGGCCAUCCAGAGCAGUCUGCAGCACCACAACAUCGUGCACCUCUUCGCAGCAUUCCAGGAGGGCCAGACGCUGGUGCUGGUGCAGGAGUACGCGCCCGGCGGGGACCUGCUGGGGCUGAUGGCGGCUCACGGCGGCCGCGCGGACGAGGCCACGGUGGUGAAGACGGUGCUGCGGCCGCUGCUGGAGGCGCUGCUGUACCUGCACCGCUGGGGCAUCGUGCACCGCGACGUCAAGCCGGAGAACGUGCUGUUCGCGGCUGACGGCACCGUCAAGCUGGCGGACUUUGGGCUGGCCAUCAACAUGGUGGAGGAGCGGCCCGUCAGCCGUGUGGGCACACUCGACUACAUGGCGCCCGAGGUGCUGCGCUGCCCCAUCAAGCAGCACAUGGGCAUGGCGCCCGGCCCCACCACGCCCGCGCGCUACGGCUUCGCCACCGACUGCUGGGCGGUGGGCGUGGUGACCUUUGAGCUGCUGACCGGCCUGCCGCCCUACGCCUCCGACUGCCGAUACCAGGCCGAGGCGCGCAUCAUCGCCGCCGCGCCGCCGCCCUUCCCGCACGGCAUGUCGCACCCCGCGCGCGACUUUAUCCGGCGGCUGCUGGCGCCCAUCCCCGGCGACCGGCCCACCGUGCGCCAGCUGCUGGCACACCCCUGGAUCCUGGAUCCGGAGGCCUGCGUGUCAGCGCACCUGCACCACCAGCACGCCCACGCGGUCAGCUCCGCCAGCGCCCACCACUACUACCACCCCCUGCCGCAGCACGCUCAGCACACGGGCUGCAGCCCGCUCGCGACGGCGGGUGGCGCGGCGACCGCGUCCUCCCUCUCGGCGACGGCCUACUCCCACGCAGCGGCGCACGUGCACGCCUACGCCGGCGCCGCCGCGGCGUACUCGCCCUACGGCAGCGCGCACGCGCAGGCGCAGGCGGCAAUGACGUCAGCGUCUGUGCAUGCCACUACGUCGCAUCAGGCACAGCAGCAACAACAGCCUAGUACCUCGGGCGGCGACGCGACCUGCUCCGUCGCCGCAGGCCGGACCGCUGUCGCCCACGGUCUCGAGCAGCAGCCUUGCGCCGCGGGAAAGCAGCCGUCGGCAUCCGCAGCUGCCGCCACGCAGCAUGCGGCCGCUGCCGACCCCAUGCUGCUCUCCUCCUACUCCACGCUGCCUUACACCCAGGCGUCGGCAGCAGCAUCUGCAGCAGCAGCAGCAGCGGCCGCGGCACACCAGCAUCACGUGCACGCCAUGGCGGCGAGCCACCCGCACCCCGGCGCCUACCACUCCUCCUACCACUACCACGGCUCGCACGGGGCGCUGAACACGCCACCGUCCCAGGCGGCGUCGUCGCCAGCAGCCCCGGCCGCGCCCCAGGCCACGCUCUCCAUCCCCACCUUCUCCACAGGCAAGCACCAGCAGGCACACCCGCACCCGCACCCGCACUCGCACCCACAGGCUCCGCAGCCGCACCAACCACACAACCAGCCGGCUGCCUCGGCCGCUCCAGCUGCUGCUGAGUCGCAUCCGGACCCUGCAGUCCGGCAGCUGAACGAACAGCUGAGGGCGCUGCAGCAGCAUCAGCUGUUGGACCUGAGCAAGCUGCCGCUAGACCAGAUCCAGGGCGUCAUUGCGAAGCUGCAAGAAGCCAUGCGCAUCGCAGUCGUGCAUCAGCAACAGCAACAGCAGCAGCAUGCGCACUGCAGCACAGAUGGCGGCGUCACGGCCGCCUCCGCCGCGGCGUCGCCGGCUCCCACGGCGCCGUCGGCAGUCAGCGCUGCGGCGGCCAGGGCCGCCGCGAUCGGCACGGCGGAUGUUCAAAUGGAGGAGGCCGCCGACGUUGGUGCGUCUCAGACUGGUGCUUGCGGCUCCGCCGCUGCGCCGGCCGCCGCGGCCGCGGCCACGCCGGUUGCCAGCGGCAGCUGCGUGCACAGCAGCUGCCACAGCCCCCACUCACCUCUGUCGGUAGCGCGCCGCAACGCCGCGGCAGCCACCGCCUCCACCGGCGGCGCGGCGCCCUAUGUCCAGCAGGCCCCGCACGAACCCCAGUCCGCCGCUACGCCCUUUGCUUUCGCCGCCAGCCUCGCCAGCCACAUCCUGCACCACGCUUCUACGGCAAUGACGGCAGCGGCGGCUGCCGGCAGCGACUCGGCUUCCCACGCCUCCACCACCACGCCUGUGGGUUUUGGCGCGCACGCCGGUCCCAGCAGCAGCAGCCUAACCGCCAGCCGCCGCACAACGGCGGAGGCGACCGGCCCCGCCAUCGCCUGCUGCCAAGGCGCGUUGACGGCGGAGGCUGUCACCGCGGCCCUGCUCGGCAUGGCCCACCAGCAGUUUCAGCAGCACCAGCAGGGCACGUCGGCGGCGGCGACACCGGCGCCGGCGCAGUGCGGCAGCAGCCAGGAGGCCACGCCGCGCGCCGCCGUCUUUGAGGCCACCCUCCACUCGCACUCGCGUGCGCACACACACGCGCACACUCCGCUGGUAAUCCCUGCGCCACCGGCGGCGGCGCCCGCGUCGACAUCCGCCGGCGGCGCCGUGCCCAUGGACCGUGCCAGCGGCGGCGGCGGCGUGCACGACGGCGACGGCCUGGUUUACGUGAGCAUCGGCAGCAGCCGGAAGCUGCCCGCUGGCAGCGUUGGCGGCGCGCCGCCGACGCAGGCUCUGGUGGUGGUGGGCGGAAAUGACGCUGCUGCCGCUGGAGCGGGCUCAGGCGAGGAGGACGAGCUGCAGCGGGCUGCCCGGCAGGUGGCGGCGACGUGGUUCCAGCAGCAGCCCCAGCAGCAGCAGCAGCUGGCGGCGGCCACGGCAGCCAUGUCGUGAUUGUGACUGCUGUGGCUAGAAGGCGAGCUGGCGGGAGAAAGUGUCUGGCAGCAGGCACUUGAUCGCACAGGCGCGCAGCCAGCGUCAUGUAUGUCCCGGCCAGUGGUUGUGCAUAGCCGUGGAGAUUGGAGAGGGAGAGACGUUCAUGGUACUGUGUGGAACGAUGCCGUACUAGUGUGGAGAGAUGCCGUACUUGGUACUGAGCGAGAGGCGCCCUCUAGCUAGCUAGCCAGCCAGAGGGCCCUCCACACUCGACAGGGAACUGCACGAGUGCUUACACGAUGACCACGGGGGGCGAUGCUUGUUCGCCUUGUCAUGCAAGUAUACAUAACAACAUUACGUAAACGGCCUUGACAACGCCGCCUCAUUGAUUUGCGGCGAGCAAGGGUUGCCACCAUGAGCCUAGGCUGCGAGUGCGUGUUGCAAUGACAGGCUUACCCGCGCACAGGCCUUGUGGCACUAGCAUACUAGCAUGCUUUCCACAAUUGAUUUCUAAGUUCCGCGACCACUAAUUGAUUGUUUUAGUCGUGGCAGUGGACUAGGUGGACGCAUGCUAGGUGUGUGUGAAGUGGCAACAGCGACCACGGGCCGGCGGGUCGCACAGGCACCAGCAAACAUGGGCGUGGGGCAUAAGAUGCCAACUACCUCGUAGCUCUUCACGUCUAUCUUCCUUCUCUUUGUGGUUCAGGGCUGUCGUAGCACCAGCAACGCGCGCGCUGUGUUAGCAGGCCGUCUGCCUGACAUGUUUCCGCACUAGCAGUGUCGAGAGCUGAACGCUGAACUGCAGUAGUCAACAGCAUGUUUGGAGUAUUAUAAUGAAGUGCUGUGCACGGUAUGUGUUUGCAAGUUUAGUUUGGGAUGCGCACUGCAAAGUUAGUUGGCUGGGAGUGGGAGGCUGAGGAAGCCUGCUAGUCCCAGUGCGGGUGUGGCUGUCGAUCCAUACAGGAGGGCAGCAACGGGGCCAAAUGGUUUCUGUUGCGGUACAUGUCUGUCGGUUUGACCCGGAUGCCCUACGGCCCUGUACAUGCAUACCAAGCAAGACACGCGUGACUACGCGUGCUGACCGAGAGAGGGUUUGUGUGAGCCCGCGUGGGCCUCCACUUGGGGCGACACCGCCAGCACUACUGGCACACGCCCAAUGGCUAUUUCGAGGGAUAAUGCGGCGGCUUUGAGGAGACUCCUGUAAAGACGCUAACGC